AUGGUUUCUUUAAAGAAUGCUGUAUUUGCUUUCACGGCUCAAUCUUUCCUCAGCAGUCCUAUAAACGCUCUAGUCGACCUCGCACGAUGCGGCAAGCCUCUGCCUCCUGAUAUUGCUAUAGGUCAGCCCAAAACCAUAUCAAUCAAAAGCUCGGAUGUCGCUCGAUCAUACCUCAUUGUUGUCCCACCUCUUUAUUCAACCCAAUCUCUGACUCCUGUCAUUUUUUCUUUUCAUGGUGGUAAUCGAAAUGCAUCGGAACAACUCAAACUCGACCAAAUUUCCGAUCCAUAUUUCAACAACUUCUCUAUAACCAUUUACCCCCAAGGAAUCAAGGGAAAAUGGGAAGGAAAUCCCGGAAAUACAGCAAACGACACCCAACUCGUGAGCGAUAUAAUUGACAGCCUCGACUCAACCUAUUGCAUCGACCCCAAGCGCAUCUGGGCCACGGGCAAAUCCGACGGCGGAGGAUUCUGCAACACUCUAGCCUGCGACCCCAUCCUCUCCACCAAAAUCGCCGCAUUUGCGCCCGUUUCUGGCGCCUUCUACAUCGACACUCAACCCUGCCACCCAUCCAACAUCAGCAUUCCCUGUUUCUCCGGCCGACCCAAAAUCCCCAUGCUGGAAUUCCACGGCGGCGACGACUCGACGAUUCAUUAUGCAGGACAGGCUAAUCGAUCCAAUCAAUGCGUACCGACUAUUCCGCAUUGGGUGCGUGAAUGGGCUUUGAGGGAUGAUUUGGGGUUGAAGAAUGUGACGACGCCUUUGACAAGUGAUACGGUGGUGUAUAGUUAUGGAGAGGGGGAGGAGGAGGGAUUGGUUCAACAUGUUUUUGAUGGGGGGUUGGAUCAUGAUUGGCCGAGUACGGUGCUCAAUGAUGAUUUGAUUCGGCAUGGGGAGGGGCCGGCGAGUUUCAAUGCUACGACCAUUAUUAUGGAGUGGUUCCAAAAACAUGUUUUGCCCUAG